GCCAUGUGGUGAAAGUCCGCAACUGGAAUAUGACUCACUCAUUAUAAAGACUUGGGUCUUCCACCCUCAUAUUCAUUCCCCAUCACGCUCAUUCGCUUGAUCCUUCUCACAUUAAUAUUCUGCGCCAAUAGCGUACAUCACAUUCUAGAACGACCUUCAAAUCACUAAACGACUCUCACUUCAAAACUUCCACGAUGAAGAUUUCCUUAGACAUGCUUGUCUCUGCUUUGCUGCUGCCAUUGGCCAGUCAAAGUAUAACCGUCCCCAGCCAUCGGCGCGUCUUCCAUGGAAACCUUGGUCUGAAUUCCACUAACCUCCACCGGGCUGGUGUUGCUGUUGGAUUUUUGCCCGGCUUCCGAGAGCGUAUCGCCCCCAAUGCGGUCAGAGAUAUCAACAACUUGCUGCCUGCUCCUAUGGCAAUUGUAGGAGACUAUAUCCACCUAGAAGAGCACGACCCAAACCUCUCCACACUUGAUUUGCACUUACCACACAUCCUGAGCUCACCAGGAAACCCAGUCUGGCAAAUCGCCCUUUUGCCGAGCGAAGGAUUAGAGAAAGUGACGCCGUAUGUGGCCGAUCGGAUUGCCAUCAAAAUGGCAUCGAUCAACAAACUUGGAAUCACUGUUUGGUUGCGAUUUGCUCACGAGAUGAACGGAGACUGGUAUGGAUGGGGUCUUAAGCCUGAAUUGUUCCGCCAAAAAUGGAGAAUGCUCGCCCACGCAAUUAGAGCUCGAACACAUGGCACAUACAUGCUUUGGGCUCCUAAUGUCGCUUUUGGCUCAUACGAAGAUUCGAUCAGAGGCGGCUACAGUCGAUACUGGCCAGGUGCCGAUACCGUCGAUAUUUCGGGGCUUUCGUUUUAUCACUUUGGAGGGGAGGACCGAUUGAACGUUUUGCCGCGUCCAGGCGAGGCUCUUGAGAAGAUCCAAGAGUUUUCUCAACUUUAUGGCGCUGGACAAGGCAAACCGAUUGUUCUUGCAGAAACUGGUGCUGCAUACACCACUUCCCUUCGAACAGGGCGUCCGACAUUUGGAGGUGCUUCGAACCAUGACAUCAAGUUUGCUUGGUUGAAGCAACUACUCUCAGGGGAGUUGAAGCAGCGUGUUCCUGAGCUCAAAGCGAUCUCUUGGUUUGAACUGAUCAAAGAUGAGAAUGCUGGCGUCCAAGGUACCAACGUCAAAUGUGAAGAUUACCGAUUGAUUGUCGGCGAGGAGCGCCUCAGCCGGGAUGCAGUCCGUUUCUUGCAGGGCGGCUACUAUUAA